AUGAAUAAUGCUGAAAAUAUAGAGAACACAGAUGACUUUGAUAACUGGAGUAACAACACUGAAGAUAUAAAGAGUACAAACUAUCUCAAAAAUAUAAAAAAUAUAGCUACUACUAUUUCAAAACAUCUUGUUAGUAAUAUGAACGAUGCUGAAAAGAAGAAUAUGAAUAAUUAUCAUGACAGGAAUUUUGAAAAUAUAGAAAAUAAGGCUACUACUUCUCAAGUAACAUCAUUUAUUAGCAGUACUGAAA